GCCACUUUUUCGAACCGAGUGGCUAUGGACGCGACGGUCUUCGCCGUGGACCUCGAGCGCGCGAGCUCGCUCGCAGGCAUCUCGUACGACGAGCUCGUCGACGGGAUUCGUGGCGACCGACAUUCGACGCUGCAAGCCGUCGUGCUGGAGAGCGAGGCAGACGGCGACUGGACCGGUGCCUCGGCACUGGCGGCCUACGUGCUCACGUCGGGCAAGACGACCUUCUACGGCGUCCCCUACGCUCUGCAGCAACUACAGCGGCGAACGAUACUGGAGCACGCGCUGUCGCAGCUCCUGCUGGCAGGUAUCACGCGUGUUGUGCUCGCCGUUUCUGCCAACCAGCCUGAGGUCCGCGCACACGUGGAGCAGUCGCCCGUCGCUGCGUGUUUGCACCUCGAGUACCUCGAGCUCCCGCCAUCCGUGCUCGAGUCGGUGCCCGAGACCAUUCUGGCGGGCCGACACCUCUUGUCCGGUCCGUUCCUCAUACACGCCCCCGACCGCGUCUUUGACAAAGACGUGAUCGAGCGCUUUCUUGCGUUCUAUCAGACAACGCACAGCGUUUGCAUGCUCUCCGAGACGCGCAUGGACAUGGCCCAGCGCAUGCAUUCGACCACCGUGCGCGUGCAAGUGGCGUCGCCGCGGGCCAACGGCAGCACCAACGUUCGCAUUGGCCGGGACUUGGCGUCCUACAACGGGGUUGAUGCAGGGCUCUACAUAGUCUCACCAAAGAUCUUUGUGGUGCUCGAGAACCUUCUCCACGGUGCUGGCGCGCUCUCGCUGCCCGAGGCGCUUGCCUUUGGCUUUCGCAGCCUCAAAGUCAUGCCCACGACCGAGCAUUGUAACUGGUUUGGCGUCGACUCGGACGACGAGCUGCUGCACGCGGUCGAAUUCAACCUCGCGGCGACGCUCUCGCCGUUUACAUUUCCCGCGCUCCUCUCGCCUCAAAAGCCGCGCAAGAGCGUUCUCCUCUCCGUCGGCAGCUCACCGUCGUCGCACGCGUCCGAGACAGCGCGUGGGGCCUUCCAAGGCUUUGUCGUCGACGUGCCUACGACGCGCGUCACGGCCACGUCGCCGCUUCUCCCGCGCCUGAGCCUCAAGGUCCACGAGUGCGCGCUGGCCACUCACGUCACGUCAUCACCACACAACGAGCUCUCGGUAUCGAUUCCGCUGCCGGAGGUAGCGUCGCCAACGACAUCAAGUCCUUCAAAGAGCGCGUUCUUGAUUCAGCAGUCGACGGCAUCGAAUUUUGUGCUGGCUGUGCCCGACGGGCCCAUGCGGCGGCGCUCCCAACUCCCAUCCGACGUUGUCGACGUGGCUCUCGAAGCGACGACAGGCGACGGGGCGAUCGCCGUGCGACUCACAGUGCAAAAGCAGGUCCCACGUAUCGGGUACCUCAUCCUCCUCACCGCGCUACUCAGUGUCUCGGCCCAAGGCGCCGCGCUUCAAACACUCAGCGGCAUCUCGCCCUUUCUCAAGAUGUUUUGGCGCGCGUUUGGCUCGUCCAUCGUCUUUAGCAUCCUCGCGGUCAUCUCGGUCGUCCACGACGGCUGGCCGACGCUGCCGUCGCCGCGUCAAGCUCUCUUCGAGGCCAUCGUAUGCAUUCUCUCGUACUUGACGUACAACGCCACGUUCUUUUGGGCGCUCGACCACACGUCGGUGGGCCACGCCUACAUCUUUAGCAAUUGCCACUCGGUGCUCAUCGUCUUUGGCAAGUGCUUUCUCGGGCAGCCCGUCGCGGCGCUCGAGUCGUCCGGCGCCAUUCUCGGUGCGCUCGGCGGCGCGCUCACCACCAUGGACAGCGACGCCGCGUCGUCGCCAACUUCGCUGUCGAGAGUGAUCGAGCCGACGCUGCGUGGCGAUGUGGUCGCGCUUGCGGGCGCUAUCGGUGGCGUCUUCUACCUCGUGAAUGCCAAAGUCUUGCGCGAGAAGCUCGGCGUGUGGGUCUUUGUUGCCUACCUCUUUACCACUGCGUGGGUGCUCAUUUUACCGCUGCUGUGCGCACUCGGCGUCGAGUUUGACGUCUCAACCGACCCACGGAUUGGCCUCUUUGGGUGGGUCCACCACUUUGGCACCGAGGUCCUCAUCGUUGUCGUUUGCUCGGGUCUCGGCACAAUGGGUUUCAUCAGUGCGAUGCGGUACUUUCCGCCGCUCGUGAUCUCGGUGACGAUGCUCCUGGAGCCUAUCGUGGCGACGCUCUUCUCGCUGCUCUCGGGCACGGCCGAUGUGCCGCAUGCGCUCACGAUCGUUGGCGGUUUGACGGUCAUCCUCGGGACGCUGCUCGUUGUCUACUCGACGCGCAAGUCCACCGAGCACAUUGACGUCACCGCGGCAAUGCUCUCGACGGUGCCCGAGACGAAGCAACCGCGGAACGCCACAAAGCGCCCGUCCUACUAUGGAACCAUGUCCCAAGUUAAAUCAUGAGAAGCGUGUUAUAUUGUCUUUUGAUUAUAGAGCACAUAAUUAAGAGCGUGGAA